AUGGAGGGCAUUGGUGACGAAAUUGGUGACGAAAUUGGUGACGAAAUUGGUGAAGGUAGUCGCGAGGUUGAAGUAGAAGAGGAAGAAGAAGACUUCAUAUGGAGGUAUGAACCACAAUCCUCCUCCGACGAAGAGGAAUUUGUACAAAGUGUUGGUGGUAUACAAAUGUUGGAUGGUUCCUUUAGGUACUAUGCCCGGCCUGUUUCAGCUCCCGGAUGUGUAUAUCAACAACAACGACCAUAUGUUAGCGAUGGAUAUAUUGAUGGCUACAUAGACCCGUCUGUGGACCAUGUCACGUUUGGUUCUCCUCAAUCGGGGCAUUCUCAAAUGGUGCAUUCUCAAAUGGGCCAUCCUUGUCAAAUGGGCCAUCUUACUCAAAUAGGUCAUCCUUCUCAAAUUGUCCAUCCUUCUGAGGUGAGCCAUCCGUCUCAAAUGGGCCAUCCGAUCCCUGUUAUAAACUCGUACCAUCCUGGGUCGUCUUCUUGUCAAGGUUGUUCCUCCUCCGUAGGUCAGUUUCGUCCACUAAACAACAUCAACAACAACACUGCUAUUGUUUAUAAUAACCAUUUUCCUUCGUUUACGCAAAAUGGAAGUGUUUCUAUGCAACCUGUUUCAGGCAACGAUGGUGGUUCAAAGGCGACAAUGGUGGUUCCUAGAUUUAUACAAAAUAUGUUGUUGGGAGGAAAUGGCGAAUGUUAA